AGGAGACGAGAAGGGAGCAGCAGCCAAGAUUGAGGUGGUCUACAACAAUUGUAGUAUGGACGGGGGUCCGUUCGACGACCCGAUUUUCUCGGACUUCGGGGCACGCGGCGGCACUGGUGUACACAGCAUCCAGGUGAUGCUCGGCCUACACGGUGCCCACCACGGACCCGAGCUCAUGCCUCCCGGCGGUGGACACCUGCACAAGCUAGACUCUUCGGGAGGCUCGCCACCGCACCACCACCACCUCCAGCAGCAGCACCAUCACCAACAGCAGCAGCAGCAACAUCACCAGCAUCAACAGCACCAACAGCAGCAAAAAGAAUUGAAGGAGUUGGAGCUCGCGGGGAUGUACGGCUCGUUGGCGCAGGCACAGGACGUAGCUACCUCGACGUCGUCCGCCGGCACUGGUGGCAUGCAACAGCAGGGCAUACAACUUGCCAGCCAACUCAAACGCAAACACGACGAUCCACUUGGUCAACUUACACCGG